GUAAAAAGGAAAACGGCUACAAGGCUGAGCAUUUCAUGGGAAAGCCCGAAAUGUGAGCUCACGAACGGUAAAAUCACUGGUUUCUCGAUUAAUUAUCAGAGUAUCGAAGACUGGGACUCUGAAAUUAGGAAUGAUAUAACUACAGAUCAAAUAGUAACCAUAAGAAAUCUUACUCCCCACACAACUUACAGAGUCAUGGUGCAAGCCGCAACCAAAAUUGGAGUUAGUAAUGUGUCAGCAGAAAUAAAUGCCACGACUAAUGCUGCAGAUCCUCCGCCUCCUCGUAAUCUAACAGUAUAUAGUAGUCUACCUAACGAGCUAUUUAUCAGAUGGAUGCCUCCUUAUCCUCCUAAUGGGGAACUUGAAAGUUACGAAGUAUAUUAUGCAUGCAGACAGUGUAAUAGAAAAUACGAAAUGGUGGUUGUUGUUAGCUGUGAAAACCCGUACCAUGAAGGAUACCACUGUUAUACGAUUAAAGAUCUUAAACCGAAUUACAAGUAUUUAAUCAAGGUCAAAGCUUACAACAGAAACUUGCGGUAUGGAAGUAAAUGGAGCAACAUAGCGACGGCCGAAACGAGGGAAUCCACUCCUGGUCCCCCGAACAGUAUGCAUGUUCUUGAGAGAGGUGAAACAUUCAUAACUGUUUCUUGGCAAGAACCAUUCCAAAGUAACGGAAACCUCACGAAAUACAGGUUGAACUUAACAAUCACAGAUUCCUUCAACAGUGAUAUGAUAGGAAGGUUUAGUUCCUUAGAAGUGGAUGUCACCAAGAACAACACACACAAGUUUAUCGACUUAUAUCCAGGAUCGACGUACCGGUUGACAAUAGAAGCCAGCACCAGUAUGGGCUUCGGUCCAUCCCUGCUUGAAGAAUAUACUACGCGAGUUUCAGUUCCAACCGAACCACCAGAACCAGAAAUAAUGAAUGUUGGAGACACCACUGUGGAGUUGAAACUUUUCCCUAUAGAAUUCCACGAAGGACCGAUCAGUGCUUACUUUAUUGGAGUAGAAAAACAGAGUUCUUCAAAACGUCAUAAACGACACGUCAGAAACAUGAUGGUUAGUUACAAUUCAUCAGAAGAAGGGAAUUUAUACUACACCACUGCAAAAUUACAACCAGAGGAAAUACAAACUAAUUUUACCAUUGGAGAUGGUCAAAGCUAUGGAGGGUUCUUCAAUGCACCACUGAAGACCGGAGAAAACUAUAUAUUUGGAUUCGGUGUGUUGAGUAAUUUUAGUGGGGAAGAGAAAUACAGUUAUAAAGAAAUCGGAAAACCUGUUACCGUGAGAAAAGAAGAGCCGGCGAGAUCGUAUGUUGCAACCAUUAUUGCUAUUGUUUUUGGCACAUUUGCAUUGAUAUGUGGAGUUACUGUACUGGCAUUACUCUUUAUACUAUACAGAAGGCCAAAUUCAAGAAUUGCCCGGGCAAGUAAUAGCUUCCGGUUAAGGAUGUUGAAGAUUAAAGAUGCAGAUCCUUUAGCAAUAUCCCAAUCAUGUGAUGAACUAGAACUUGAAUUCGAAAAUAUUAUUGAAGAAAAAAGCAAUAAGAUACACGUAUCAGAGAUAGAAGAAUAUGUCCAAAAACACCUUAGAACAUGUGUGAUAAGAGAAGAAUAUAAGGAAGUGCCUAAAGGACAGACACAAUCAUGGGAAAUUGCUAAAAAACAGGAAAACAGGUUAAAAAAUCGCUAUGGAAACUUAAUGGCAUAUGACCACAGUCGUGUAAUUUUGGAAUACCAGAACACUGACCAAUCUUCUGAUUAUAUUAACGCCAACUAUAUAGACGGUUAUGAAAGACAAAAGGAAUACAUUGCAACACAAGGUCCCAAGCCUAACACUGUUGUGGACUUUUGGAGAAUGGUUUGGCAAGAAGGUGUAACGUUAAUUGCAAUGGUUACAAAUCUUGUAGAAAAAGGAAAGAUCAAAAGUGACAAGUAUUGGCCAGACAGUACGAAGAAAUACGGGUCUGUUACGGUGACUUUAAUUAAAAGGGAAGUGUUUGCUCAUUUUAACGUACAAGAACUUAUUGCGUGCAGCGGAUCAGAAAGUCGAGAAAUCAAACAGUUUCACUUCACAGCGUGGCCUGAUCACGGUGUGCCUUUGUACACCGUGUCGCUGGUGUCUUUCUUAAAAAGAGUGCGAACUUUCAAACAAGUCUCUGAUGGACCUCUUCUUGUUCACUGCAGUGCUGGUGUAGGUCGCACCGGAACUCUGAUACUAUUAGACAUCAUGAUGAACAUGGCAAAGGUCGAGCAUCACGUUGACCUCCUGAAGUACUUGAAUAAAUUAAGACAAAAUCGGAUCAACAUGGUAGAUACUGUGGACCAGUACAUAUUUGCUUACAAAGCUGUUGUUGAUGCUGUGUGUGGUGAAGAAACAAGUAUCGCUUGCUCUGAUUUCUUCUCAGAAUUUCAAAAACUGAUGGAGCAGGAUACAAACACUGGAGAAACACGACUCCAGUUACAGUUUAAGAGGCUGGAUAAACUAGCUACACCACUAAGGCCAACCGACUGCAGAGAAGCACUGGAUCUCGAAAAUAGAGGAAAAAAUCGAACUUUGCAAAUUAUUCCAGCCGAUAGAGGGCGACCUUAUCUGUUACCAACAGCUAAUGGUAAAGCUCCUGGUUACAUCAAUGCGGCCUUUGUGAAUGGCUAUAGAAAAAAGGACGAGUUUAUUGUAACGCAGAUGCCUUUACCACAUACUGUAUAUGAUUUCUGGAAACUGUUAUACAACUCUAAGGCUCGAACCAUUGUGCUACUGAACGAAAUGGAACCUAAUGAUGAGAAUUGUCCGCAAUAUUGGCCUGAGAAUGGAACAAUAACUUCAGAAGGACUUACUAUAAAACACGUGAAAACAGAUGACCAUAACAAUUACAUAGUGAGAUCCUUUAGUGUCCAGGAACAGAAACUACAGAGCACUACCACUUCAACAACAAUCAAACAGUUUCAUCUGAAGGGGUGGCCAGUUUCUCAGGAGAUACCCACAAAUACGAAUUCCUUCCUUUGUCUCAUCGAUGGAGUUAAGAAAUGGCAAACUCAAUCAGGAAACCAUAUUAUUAUUGUUCAGUGCUACGAUGGUGCUCGAGCUUGUGGAGUCUAUUGUGCUUGCGUGUUUAUGUUGGAUAAGAUGGAAGAAGAAAAAGAAUUUGACGUGUUUCUCGCAGUUCGUAGUAUUCGAACAAACCGUCCACAGUUAGUUAAGAGUUUGGAUCAAUACAAAUAUUGUUACGACGUAGCUGCCACCUAUGCCGAUGUUUUUCAAAUCUAUGCUAACUUCCAAUAGGUAUAUCUCACACAAAUAAUCAUCAGAUUUCUCAGAUACUAUUAUAUUUGUAUAGGUUUUGAACACGUGUCUAAGUGACAACAUAUUUAUCUUAUGACAUUAUAAAGUAUUCUGUGAAAAUCAUUCCUUUUGUUGUAUCACGUCGUCAAGUUUCUGUUGUUACGAUAACUACAUUAUACAUGGUUUGAAAUACGACUGGAAUUUUGUAUGCUAUAAAGUUCACUCACACUGCAAUCUGAAAAUGCUGUAAAUGUGGAACAAGAUGAACAUUGAAGUUUACAGUACUUACCUGAGUACAUGAUGUGUAACGUGUUGAAUAUUUUUGUCCUUAUAAUUUUAAUUAAUGUUCUCAAAGUUUCGAUCACCAGUAAAGAAUAAGCUUCAAAAGUUUUGAAGUUUUUAAUGUGCUUGUAAGAAAUUGAGUACUUUGAAAUCUUUUACAAGAUGUAUGAAGUAAUUAGUAUAUUUUUACAAUGUGAUCUUCCUUUCUUACAAAAUAAAUCUAUUUCUUC